UGUCGAGAGUAUCGGAAUCGUGCAAGAAGUGAUCGAACAUUGAGAACUAUUAUUUGAAUUAAUGAAGUUUUCGAUGUAUAAUUCUGCGAUCGAGAAUAUCUCGCGAGUGAAAUUGUUGCGGCUUGAAGGGAGCUUCACGCGCGAAUUGAACUUAAUUUUUACCUGGAAUUAAAAAUUAUACGAUUUAUCUUCAUCCGGCGACAUGGAUAAAACAGCAUCUGGAGCAGUCGGCGAGAGAGUAACGGCGAUGCAUCAAUUGGAUCUCAUGACGAAGAACAAGCAGCGAUAUAAAUUGCGUUUGCUGGCUUGUGGCAUUGUCCUUAUAAUCGUGCUGGCUUUGGUGAUCGCGGCGGCGAUCCUUCUGACCGGCAGUCCGGAUUCCACUGCGUCCAGAACGAACGGUGCAUCCGGCAUUUCCUUGGAGGAAUGGCUCUCGGGUUCGUUAUCCCCCAAGAGCUUCAACGGCACGUGGAUCAGCGGAGACGAGAUCCUCUACCGUGACGAGAUAGGCAAUUUAUUGAUCUAUAAUGUCAGCUCGGCUACAUCCAAGAUCCUGUUGGACUCCAGCAAUCCCGAUUUACUGUCGAGUUUUGAUCAUCAUUUAUCUGCCGAUAGGAAGUAUCUAUUGCUCGCUCUCAACUACCAGAAGCUGUAUCGUCAUACAUACCUGGCGCAUUACAGGAUCGUGAAUCUGGAGACUCUAACGGGGACGAUAUUGGCCGCGAAUGAAUCGACACCGUUGCAACUCGCGACUUGGGCACCCCGAGGUAACGCCCUGAUCUACGUUCACCAAAAUAAUAUCUACUACAGACCGGAGGCAGAGAUGGCUAAUGAUUAUCAAAUAACUAACACGGGAGUGUUUGGAACUAUUUACAAUGGAGUACCGGACUGGGUUUACGAGGAAGAAGUGUUCAGCUCAAACAAGGCGCUCUGGUUUUCUCCGAGUGGCACUAAAUUGAUCUUCGGUUAUUUUGAUGACUCCAGCACUCCUGUUAUGACUAUACCAUUUUACGGAUAUCCUGGAAGCUUAUCUUUCCAAUACACGUCGGCGAUACCGAUCCACUAUCCUAAAAGCGGCACGACCAAUCCAACAGUUAAACUAUUUUGCAUCGACCUCGACAUGGUGGUGCAAGGUAACGUGACUUUGGUGGAGAUCGAACAUCCGCCAGAACUGUCUACUUCCGAAAGAAUUCUGUCAGCGGUGGACUUUCCCACGGACAGUCUCGUGUACGCAACUUGGAUGAACCGGGUGCAGAAUAGGGCGUAUUUCCAACUUUGCGAUGUCGACAGUCUGGUGCCAAAUUGCACGACAGCACUUUCAUAUAGCGAGACAAAUGGCUGGGUAGAGCAAUUUGAAGCGCCUACAUUCAGCGAGGAUGGUAUGUCGUUUCUUCUGAUAUUACCGCAGAUACAGAAGAAUGGUAGCAAUUGGCGACACAUUGUGCUUGUUACGAAUGCAACCAGCGGCAGGCCGAUCACUACUGCCCUCACCUCCGGCUAUUUCGUCGUGACGGAGAUAGUAUCCUGGGAUAAGGAGAACUCAUAUCUAUACUACAUGGCUACUUCGGAACGCGAAUCGGCAGUUCAGCAUUUGUACAGAAUAUCACUGGAUCUAGGGUACAAGUCGACGUGUUUGACUUGUAACAUUGUCAAAGAGAGUGAUGGCAGUCGCUGUUUGUAUAACAGUGCUAAAUUCUCCAUUGACAAUUCGCAUUACGUGCUUACUUGCGCCGGGCCCGGAGUACCCGAUAUAGCUAUCUACAAUAAG